UACGAAUUCCAUUGUUAAAUGUAAUAUUUUUUAGUAUAUAAAAGUUAGUAGGUGGUAUAUUCUUUUAAUAAAAACAGCCAAUUAUAUGUAUGUUUAUAAAUCAAAAUUCUUAUUUUUCCACUAUAAUAACUAAUAUAUUCUUAUUAUUUCGUUAAUUAUUGUUAAUAUAUAAACGACUGACAACAUGACAUUUUAAGCUAUCUACUAUUGGUUAUUCAUGAUCAAAACUGCUAAAUAAGGACAUUUCAGUUGUUAAUGAUGUAAAACUAUUGUGUGCAAUGCAUCCUGUUCGAAGACGAAAGAAACGACCAAACUAUGGGGUUCGUAUGGUUGAAGUCAGUCGAGGGAAGAACGGUUUUGGUUUCACUAUUUCUGGACAACAACCUUGUAUACUAAGCUGUAUUGUGCCUGGUAGUCCUGCUGACCAAGCAGGCCUUAGGGCAGGUGACUAUUUAGUAGCUGUCAGUAAUCAUAAUGUUAGUAAGCUGCUUCACGAUGAUGUUGUUCAAUUAAUCGGUGGUUGUCAGUCUGCUUUGCGAUUACAAAUUGCCGAAAACUACUAUUCUGAUAGUUCAGAUGAAGAGUACAAAAAUGAGUUUGGAAGACAACGGCCGAAAUAUCCACACAAAUCUAGAUCGGCGUUAACACCUAUUAAUGUUAAUAAAAUGAGGAGUGAUGAUGUUAAUUAUGUAGUGGAAAUACCAAAACCAUGUGUACGUAAUAGUAGUGUGACUUACAAGAAACAAGAUGUAACUAAUUUCAAUUUUCAAAUAUUCGUACGGUACUUGGGUUCAAUAGAAAUGCCAUGUAUUCCAACGGGAUCUAGACUUCAGGUUGCCAAGAGCUGUAUCAAACGACUGAAAGCUGAAAAACGUUCUCAUUCUGCAGCACUUAUGACGGGAUAUGCAUCUAGUUUAUGUUUGCAGAAUAAUACAGGUGCUACUUUAGCCAAUUACCCAGGCGAUAGGGUUAUGUUUUGUGCCGCUAGUUCUGAUAUAAACAGCAAAUAUUUUGGAGUCGUCACUACGUCAGCAUUGGAUGAUGAACCAUCCAAUUCUUGCCAUGUAUUUGCAGUAGAUCCAGCACCUCACGAAGAACACUUGGCGCAAGCUAAUAAUUUUAAAAUUGCGUGUGUCAGAGAUCCCAAUGGAAGCUGUAUUCAAUUUCCACCAAAUUGUGAUCAAGUAGUAGUGUCUAUUGAAAAGUAUUAUAAGAACGAUGUAGUCCAUAACGUGGUUGGAAAUUCUCCACAUCCGAGUCAUGACAGUACAACAACGAGUAAUAGUGAUUCCGGUAUUGGAUACAAGGAUUACUGUGGAAUGCAAACUGAUAGAAUACUUAUGGUUGAUGUUCAAAACCAGUGUCUACAUAUCCAACAAGUAGGUGAUAUGGCAACACAUUGUGUAGAAUGUUCAGACUCUGUUACGCCAAAAGAUAAUGUAGUUGAACGUGGUGCAAGAAGUCGCUCUCCUUUAAGCACCAGUUCGGUGGACCUUGUAUUUAGUCAGUUGGGUACUAAUUAUCCUGCUUUAGAUAGAUCUUUGGGACCUCCUCGUAGAUCAAAGAGUGAAAGUAGCAUGCAACACGAUAAUAAUUCUUGUGAAGGUAUGAGCCUGGGUAGUAGUGCUCGUAGCCAAGAAAUGUUGUCAUCUGAUAUCAAAGUAAAAUCAAACACAACCUUUGACUGUCCAAGAUAUCCACUAGUUACUCAAAGUCUAGAAAAUUUCAAAUUAAACUACGAAGACUAUGUACCUAAUGUUUGGGGAAGUUUACAAAAUAUUAAAGAAGAAGAGACAUUAGCUUCAGUGCAAGAUAGUUUUUGUAAUGAGUCGAAAAUUAAUCAAGGACAGGAUUGGACAUUGUCUUUUGAAAGAGUUCUCCAAGAUCCAGUUGCAUCACAAACUUUUGCAGAAUUUUUGAAAAAGGAGUUUAGUGCAGAAAACUUAUAUUUUUGGACCGCAUGCGAACGAUAUUAUUCGACUAGCGACCAAGAAUUACGAUGCGCUAUUGCUCGUGACAUAUAUGCUAAGCAUUUAGCAUGUGAUGCAUUAGAACCUGUAAAUGUUGAUUCGAAAGCAUCAAAUCUUACUAUUGAACAGAUUGAACAAGCCGAUCCAAGUCUCUUUUUACAUGCCCAAAAACAAGUGUUCAAUCUUAUGAAAUUUGAUAGCUAUCCACGAUUUAUUAAGUCUGACUUAUUUAAAAUGUGCUUAGUCGAACAUAUGGACAAUAAUAUACCAUUUGUUGAUCAAGACACUUCUUUAGUUAAAUCAUUGCAACAUCCUUGCAAAAAAACUUGUGAUACUGAUGAAACAACUACCAGAACCACUGAAUAUUGUGUGAAUACUGGAAGUCGUAAAAAAUCAAUACUGUCUUGGAGAAGACAAUCGACUACUCAACCUCCACUGACUUCUGGUCUCUGUCGUGUCACCUUACCCGAUAAAUCAUCGACUGUAUUGCACGUCAAUCAAGAGUUGAGCGUUCAGAUUCUUAUUCAGAAAUUAUUUGAUAAACGAGCUUAUCCGUAUAAGUAUUUUAAUGUAAAGGCCAACAAUAGUGAACAGAUUAUCGACUUAAAUAACUGCUCAUGUAUAUUAGAUGGGUUAGAUGUAAAAGUAGAACCAAGAAUAUUGUUUCGUCUUGAUCUUCCUGAUAGAAAAAUGAUUAAUGUUGAUUGUAAAGUAGAUUCAACUAUUGGACAAGAAAUAAGUUCUAUAUUACCAUCAUAUGGCUACGAAAUGGAAUUAGUCACUUUAUGCUCAAUAAGUGAAAACAAAGUUAUAGACUUGGAUAUGGAUGUUUCUUUGGUCGAAGGCCGUAGAAUCCAAGUAUUGACUCGAAGUAAUAUGGCAUCAUCAUUUUCCCAAAGUCUUCCUGCAGUAAAAAGUGGUGACGAUGUAUCUAAUUUAGACGAAUUAACCAAUCAAGUAUUCGAAGAUUUAUUGCAAAAUAAAUGUCCAGAGUCAAUAAAAUUAUCAUCGGAUCAAGGUUCUAUAAAGUCUGAAGAAUGUGGAUCAGAACAAUCUUCUAAUCUAAUAAGUCGUUUUUUGAGAAGAGAUUCAAUAUUUCAUGAAAAACAACGGAAAAUAAAGAAAACAUGUAAAUCGCAAUGCGUAAUACAAGAACAAAUAAACAGUAGUAAUGAAAAAAAGCAAACUCUAAAUAAGCUUCCGCCACUUAUCGCUAAACUAAAAUCGACUACUAAAAUACAUAAUGAGGGACAAACAGAAAGUGAUGCAUUGUACGAAGGAUUAAAAAGAGCUCAACGAAGCAGACUAGAGGACCAACGAGGUACAGAAAUAAAUUUUGAAAUGCCAGAUUUUCUAAAGGAUAAGGAAAAUGAUAGUUUAGACACUAACAAGAAACAACGUAAAUCACUCAGGUUGAGUGAUAAAAAAGGAGCUUGUAAAGAAACUGCUUGUUUUUAUACAUCACAAAAUGAUGGAGAUUUUAAAAGACCAAAACCAAUGACUGAAACUCGUACUAAAAUUGUUGGUCAUUUGCCACCCCCUUUGCCCCCAAAACCUAAAAAUUUAAUAAAUAAUCAAUUAAUAAAAAAGAAAACCGAUGGCAAAGUAAAAAAACCUAUAUAUUUAGACCAUCCAACUAGUAGUUUUGUUUGAAUUAUUUAUCAUUUUUUAAUUUGCUAGGUUGUUUAAUGUUAAGUUUUGAUUUAGACAAAUUAUAUUUUUCUACAUUAUAUAGUUUAAGGUUAUUAAUAAUGUAUUUUUGUACAUUCAGUAUUAUAAUUUGGAAUGGGUAUUUUUGAUUUAUAUUUUAUAUAUUUUUUUAACUUUUUUAUAUUCAGACGAAUGAUAUUGUACAGAAAAUAAAAAGAUAACUUAAUAAAAAAAAACUAAAUCUUUAUUUAUA